UUCCUCAUCUGCAAAUUGCUUCAGACGCACUCUCUCUCUCUCGCAUUCAUUCAAACUUUUGGCUCAGAUCAACUGUAAGUAACGUUCUCUUCUGUUUCCAUUUACGUUCAAAUUUGAAAUCUCUGUAUAAUUUUGUUAUAAUAAUUCUUCUGUAUAUACAUAUAAACUCAAUCUUUUCUCUGUUUUUCUAAUUUUUCCGAGAUUAACAGAGCCUGAAUAUUAGAACAAAGUUGCUUUUUUUUUUUUUAAAGAAAAAGGAAAAAAAAUUAGGUGAUUAAUUGAUCAGUGUAAUAUACAUAGAAUGAGUAGUAGCAAUUGUAUUGGAAUCUAUACCAUGAGGCCAUGCUGUAGAAUUCUCAUGGGCUAUGGCUCCAGAAGUUCUUCAGUUUUCGGUUCACCGCAGCCGAAAUUGAACGACAUAGUCACUCAUAAUUUGUCGAAAUUACAAUCGAGACGACAAAAACGUAGCUGUAAUUCUCAGAUUGUUGGGUACAUACGUGUAAUUGAUCCGAAUCGGAGGGUUUUUAGCGUUUCCGAUUCGAAUUGGGGUCAGACUAGGGUUUGCAAGACGACUAGUCGUGUUGGUAAUACUAGUAGUAGUAGAAGGGGUAUUUUAGUCAUCCCAAAUGUAGCGUCCGAUAUUAGGAACCAUUCGACCUCGGUGGAAACUCAGGUUAAUGGGAAAACCUCCUUCGAAAGUAUUUAUAUUCAAGGUGGGUUGAAUGUGAAACCUUUGGUGAUAGAGAAGAUUGAGACAGAUCAUGGUGAUGUAGUUAGAGAAGAAGAGUCUAGGGUAGAGGUUAAUGGCUCAAAUGUAAAUGUAAAUAUAGGUAAUUCCAAGGGUUUGAAUGACACCAAGGAUGAGAGAGAGCUGUCUGAUAUUGAAAAGGAAGCCUGGAGCUUGCUUCGGGAUUCAGUUGUUAGUUAUUGUGGGAAUCCAGUCGGAACUCUUGCUGCUACUGAUCCUGCUGACAAGACACCGCUCAAUUACGAUCAGGUCUUCAUUCGAGACUUUGUCCCAUCGGCACUCGCUUUCUUGCUCAAUGGAGAAGCUGAUAUUGUCAAGAAUUUUCUGCUUCACACUUUGCAGUUACAGAGCUGGGAGAAGACGGUUGACUGCCACAGCCCUGGGCAAGGGUUGAUGCCGGCAAGCUUUAAAGUUAAGACUGUACCUCUUGAUGGGAUGAAUGGAGAAUUUGAGGAAGUUUUAGAUCCUGAUUUUGGUGAAUCAGCCAUUGGCCGUGUUGCACCUGUUGAUUCAGGGUUGUGGUGGAUCAUCUUGUUGAGAGCUUAUGGAAAGAUCACUGGUGAUUAUGCAUUACAAGAAAGGGUAGAUUUCCAGACAGGCAUAAGGCUGGUCCUUAAUCUGUGUUUAAAAAAUGGAUUUGACAUGUUUCCUACCCUGUUAGUCACUGAUGGUUCCUGUAUGAUUGAUAGACGGAUGGGUAUUCAUGGACACCCUCUUGAAAUCCAAGCGCUGUUCUAUUCAGCUCUAAGAUGCUCCCGUGAAAUGCUCAUUGUCAAUGAUGGCACAAAAGAUUUGGUGGCUGCAAUCAAUAACCGACUUAGUGCACUCUCAUUUCAUAUGAGAGAAUAUUAUUGGGUGGAUAUGAAGAAGAUCAACGAGAUUUAUCGUUACAAGACGGAGGAAUAUUCUACAGAUGCUGUCAACAAGUUCAAUAUCUAUCCAGAUCAAAUUCCAUCUUGGUUAGUUGAUUGGAUUCCUGAGGAAGGUGGUUUCCUCAUUGGCAAUCUACAACCUGCUCAUAUGGAUUUUAGGUUCUUCACACUUGGAAAUCUUUGGUCUAUUGUAUCAUCUCUGGGUACCCACAAACAGAAUGAGGAUAUUUUAAAUUUGAUUGAAGCCAAAUGGGAUGAUUUCGUGGCUCAAAUGCCCCUUAAAAUUUGUUACCCUGCUCUGGAGUAUGAAGAAUGGCGAAUAAUUACUGGUGGUGACCCAAAGAAUACGCCAUGGUCAUAUCAUAAUGGUGGGUCUUGGCCAACACUCCUAUGGCAGUUCACCUUGGCUUGCAUCAAGAUGGGCAGGACCGAGUUAGCACAAAAGGCAGUGGAUUUGGCAGAGAAGAGGCUUUCUGCGGAUCAGUGGCCUGAAUAUUACGACACGAAAAGUGGGAGAUUUAUAGGCAAGCAAUCCCGCCUUUUCCAGACGUGGACGAUUGCUGGUUACCUAACCUCAAAGAUGCUGUUGGAGAACCCUGAGAAGGCAUCGUUGUUGUUGUGGGAGGAGGAUUAUGAACUUCUGGAGACUUGUGUUUGUGCACUCACCAAAACCGGUCGAAAGAAGUGUUCUCGCUUAGCUGCAAAAUCUCAGAUUGUUGUUUAGCGAGAAGGAUCUCUUUAUGCUCAUAGGGAUUCUUGGCACAGUGGUGGGGUAACUAAUAAAACCAUACCAGAUGAUUUGGUGGUGACUUGGUCUAAAACAAGAAAAGGCAUUAGAAUUUCACUAACAGCCAGCUUGUGUAAAAUACAUAUUCUGUAGAACAUUGAUUGAAAGUACAGAUUGAUUUGUGGUUGAAAGGCUGAGUUUUAGGAGAGCCUUUUAGCCCAUAUAGCCUAUCUUUUUAUGGCUCAACAAUUCCAUGUAUCAUGUACGCUGUUUAGACGAUUUAACAAAUUGCUUUUCUUAUUUCAUUUUGUGGAUCGAAA